AUGUCUUCGUCUACUGCACACCCGUCUGCCGUAGGCACUAAUACCCAACCCGAAACGUCGAUCGUGCCUUCCACUGAAACUCCAACUCAACCAACAUCUGAAUCCCUCACCGACGACCAGCUUCCGCCGCAAAGACACGCAGGAGCCGCUGGGCUCGGUCCCGCGUACAAACAAGGAGCAGGUCUUGGGGAAAAGCUCAGCGGCUUGCAAGAGGAGAUCAAGGGAAAGAUCACGAAGAAUCCGGAGCUAGUCGAACAUGGGCGUGAGCGGCGUACGGGGAUCUUGAAGCAGAAAGAACAAGAACAGGAUGAUGAUAACCCGUUCCCGAAACCAGAAGAGCAUAGUUAG